UUUUAAAAGAACAUAUUUUAAAAGAACAUAUUCAGCCUUAAAAUGUCCCAAAAAUAAGAACGGCCCAGCCUCAACUGAAAAUUAGACGAUCUUAUAAAAAAGAGUGUAUCUAAGACUCCUACCCCGGGCCUCCUACCAAAGCCUUUAUCUUUAUUUGUUCAGUCACUUCGCUCCCUGUAUGGUCAGAUUCACAAAUAGAGAAGUUAGAUAGAGGCUCUGGUAACCACGGUGUAUGACUGCAAAAUCCCUUAAGAUACCUAAACUCCAUUCCCUGUCGUUGACAGGAAAAUACCCAUGGGUUUCCGAGGAUGUGUCGUUGAAUAAUAAACUCUGAAAUUGGAACAUUUCGCUUUCCAUGCCUAAAUCCCUAAACGGCAAAGUCUUUUGUGUUAGACAGUUGAUUAUUAUGUGGCCGGACAGUCGAUUUUGGCUCUCCUCGGAUGAAAUUUAAAAGAAAUUUAUGGACGUUUACAACCCCCUGCUUACCUGACCAAUACACGUUAGCUGCCACCCACUGCAUUGCCAAAGACCAUAAUACAUUUGUUUAACAAACUGGCGCCACGGGGUAGUAGCUCGAAUUACACAACGUAACUUGUCCGGGUUUUCUAAUCAAGCACGGAGCGCGUCGCAAACAAGGCCAAAUUAGAGGGAAAUUGGUGGUUUAUUAUCAGAAUUUAGCUUAACAAUCGCCGUUCCUACCACUCUUGCUUCUCUCCUAGCCCGUCCUCAAAUGCACCAUCAAGUAUGUCUCCUUGGGUGCGUUUAACUACUUAUACUGCAAAUAAAAGAUGAUAAGUGACUGUAGAUAUGAAUGUUAGAACGUAAUAACAUGUAUAGAUCAGCGUGUAGAUUCCUUUUGUUUUGUUUCUUGUUUGUUUUUCGCUUGACCUUUUUCAGUUUCGCACGCUGCAAUCAGCCGGGUAUAGCGUGACAUGCUUCACUCAACAUCUUGUUGAACUAAAUGGAUGUGACUUUCAGACUGUUCAAUUUUUGACAAACAAAUGCUUCAGUAUUUGUCAACAUUGUGAACUGAUGAUUAAAUAAUAAAUAACGUAGCAAUACCUUUUCUCUAGUUUUAGUCUUUGGUUGAUUGUUCAGGAGAUAGAAUGCGAGAUGAAAGUGUGCGAGUUGAAAUGCAGACAAUAAGAACUAAUGAGAGUGCAUUCCCACGUGAAAGCGGUACAGAGUUUCGGUCAAAACACGCCUAAUCAUAGAGCGUACUAGAAGUGAACUUUCACUUGAGCUUUACACCCAUUUAUUUCGCAGCAAAUAGGCAAAGAUGGCGUCAGAGCAGAACCCCAAACCGCGGUUGGCAUUCUCAAUCGAAAAUAUUCUGAGAGAUGACUUCCCAAGGGCGUCUAAAAUCGUCCAAAGACCAUGCUUUUUCCAAUAUCCGGUGUUCCACAAUGCAAUUUCUAGUGACAAUUACUAUACUGCUCGGCUUGGGUUAACAGGUUCUCUAAGUUGCUAUCUUGGAAGCACUACCCCAAGGAGCCGAGAAAACAAUGUUACUAAAGGGAUACGCAGUCCCCGGAGUCCAGGGCAAGCGACCAGUGCCAAAACCAAUCGACGGCAAAACCCUUCGACAACAGUAAAAGAGGAGGCCAAGGGCUCUUCGCCAAACAAACCCACCCCAAAGCCUCAAAGCGACUCCAAACACGAGCAGAGCACUCCUGAUAAAAAGAAGAAGCGCCACCGAAGCCAUUUCUCCCAGCUGCAGCUGCAGUACCUGGAUGCAAUUUUCGCCCGCCAACACUACCUGAGCCGAGACGAGCGUACGGUCCUAGCGGGUGCACUAGAUAUGACGGAACUACAAGUCAGAAACUGGUUCCAGAACAAGAGGUACCAGAGACGAAACCGGGAACAACAGGCUAUACAGAAACUGGCUAAGCAGGUUCCGGUCAAGGUGCUUGUGAACGAGGGGGUACACGUUACUCGCCCUCUGCCAAUCGCAGCAAGCCGCGAGAGUGUGGCAACGGAACGACGCCAAGCGGUAGCGGACGAAGAGAACUUCUCGGCGAAUCGCUGUCAGCAAAUCCCAAACAGCCAUGAAAGCGAGGCUGUGAGUCAUUGUCAGCCAAUAACAAUGGUCCAACAAAGCGAGAUGGCAUCAAGUCAGGGAGAGACUGAGACGAAGUGUUAAUUGUGUUUUUUACGAAUCGUUUGGUGGAGUAAAAAAGUUUUGUUCAUGAAGUAACUGGAACCUCGUAUCAGUACUUGAACUUCUGUUCGUUUUGUUCGGACAAGCUUUACGAGAGCUUUUGAUAAUAUCAUUAUCUAAAAACUCGUCCAAAUACGAUGACAAAUGUAUACCGUCAUAAGAACACCUUACCAAAAAAAGGAAAUGUUUUCAUGAAAAGAAUAGAUCGCAGGUCCGCUUGAGUGUUGGUUAUACAUUUUUGUGAAUAACUAUGGUUUUAUAUUAUGCGUGUCUAAAAAUAUAUUAAAUUGUAUAUUUUCUUGAAAAAAAAAAACCGCAAAGAGGACAAU